UUCAGCUAGUUUGGUUGAGAGCAUUAAAGUUUACUUCGUGUUUUCCUUUUCAUUUAGAAUGUAAACCUGGUUGUGGAGGAAGGCACAUAGCCCACAAACCACUUGCCAGUGCCAUGGACCUGAACGUAAUUUAUGAAACAAACAUAUCGUCCAUUAAAUAUGUCGCUUAUAUCGGUGAAACUAAGGGCAGCAUAACUUCAUUAUCUGUGGCGUUUUAAUGCUCAUCGACUUUGGCGCCAUGAUUUGGGACCUGCGGAUGGUAACGGGCUGUCGUAGGUGGACUUCAUGAACCUCCUCGAGCUCUGUUUGUAUGAAGAGUAACGUUAGUUUAGCUUAUCCUUUUUUUCUCGCUAAUUGUAAUUUGUUUUUAGCAUGGAUUUCUUAAACAUGUGGCUACAUUAUUAGUGUAUGUGUUAAUAGUGUACGUUACCAUUACGUUUAUGUCUACCUCAGGUAGAUAUGAAGUUUGUGUUUAUAUUGCCUGUGUAUGUCAGUGAGACUUCAUGUGUGGGAUAGAGAAGCGCAAGGAUGGCCCCUGAUACAGUGCAGACAGUGCACUCGUGGCUGCGAAGCCGCUGGCAGGUGUGUGUGCCCGAGGGCUGGCUGCAGGCAUGUGUGGAGUGGCUGCAGCAGGAGGCAGGCGGUCGACCCCUGGCCCUUGCACAACUGCAGCAGCAGGCGUUUGAGCAGUGGUUGCAGACAGACCUGCGUAGCCUGGGCAUGUCGUCACUGCCAGCUUCUGUUAGCGAGGCUGUGAAAACAGUGCUGCAGGGAAACGUCUGCGUGCAGCUGGACUCCCUGCAGGAUGUCAGCCAGCCAGCGUACACACAGCUCCAACGUCUCCGGGGGAAUGACCGUGCCAACGACCAGGUGGGCGACUUCACCCAGGUGACACAGCGGCCGUGGGAGGCGGCCCCCACACGAAUGCUGAUGCUGCAGCUGACUGACGGUGUGCAGAGUGCGCAGGCGAUGGAGCACAAGCCUGUGCCACAGCUGAACACCGGCUUGCCCGCGGGCACCAAGCUGCUGCUGCGGGGGCCCAUAACAUGCAGGCUGGGCGUGCUGCUGCUCGGGCCUCAGAAUGUUCAGGUGCUCGGGGGAGAGGUGGAGGAACUUCUGCACACCAACACUCAGGCCGGUGUGUUGAGCCGAGCCCUUGGUCUUCCCGAGGCCGAGCCAGCUGCAGAGGAGGCGGAUGGGGUCUCCCAGGAGAGGCCCGAGGAGGCUGCCACGGGCGCGGAGGAGGACCUGGAUGACAUGGAGCUGAUGGCCAGUCUGGAGGCCGUGGAGGAGGGCAGUCUAGACAGCGGCUACAGGAGCGCCAGUGUGCUCUCCAGCGCCCCCAGCGGGCCGUCCGGCUACAGGAGCGCCAGUGUGCUCUCCAGCGGGCCCAGCAGGCCGUCCUCUCAACAGCAUGUCCCUUUGGAGGACUCUGCCUGGGGAAGCCCUGAGGAAGACUUCCCCGACGAUGACAUUCCCCUGGACGAGCUGGACAGUGUGUUAUCCCAGCAGCACGUGUCACAGGAGGCCGGGCAGGGCGACGUGCUCUCCCCUCCCGAACCCACCCUCACCAUCUCCCCACAGCUGUCUGCACUAAGACCAUCAGCAUACACUCCCAGCCCUCAGCAGGAACACCCCUCACGUCCUGCUCCGUCUCAGCCUGCUCCGCUGAGGGCCGCAUACACUCCCAGCCCUCAGCAGGAACUCUCCUCACGUCCUGCUCCGUCUCAGCCUGCUCCGCUGAGGGCCGAUAGGGGCUCUGACACCGUCUCAGAGGCAGAGCAGGCAGUGGGUUGGGACAGUCCCCCGUUCUCGUACCUGUUGAAUCUGCAACUGAGCGGAAAUGGAGGGACACCCAGGGAGGUGCGUGUCCAUGCCUUCGUGGUGACCCUGAAAGGCAGCAUGCGCAGCGCGGGCGGCCACUGGAGCCUGGACGUCUGCAUCUCCGACGGCUCCGCCUACGUGGACGCGGAGAUGGGCGACGGCGUGCUGGCGGAGCUGAUCGGCUUCUCCGCAGCGGAGGCGCGCGCCCUGAGACGAACCCCCGAGGGGCAGGCGCAGGUCAACCUGGGCAUUCAGCGUUGCCAACGGGCACUCGUGGACAUGUGUGGCAUCAUGACCCUGCGGACUGACCCUCAGCAGGCACGCCCCCUGGUGCUCGGGGUGAAAUCGGCCACCCAGAGUGACUGUCUUGCCCUGCAGCAGCGGGUAGAGCUCAGGAGAGCCCACCGCUAGAGGAGUGCCGACCGGCUGAAGUGUGGGCACAAGAGGCGCUUAACGGCUAAAAUUAGAGAUAUGUCUCGGACCAUCGCACACACUUGAUAAUGAUGUUAAACCUGUUGCCCAAAAGCAUUAUCCAGUUACCAAGUGGUGGUAGAUACCUCCAAUCAGUCUCACGCGACGCACUACGGGAUUAGCCACAGCCUUGAAGGUGCUACAUGGGGUUGGACACUUUAUUUACAGAGCAGUGGACUUUGAGUUCUUGGUUUGGCUUCCUUACACAGAAGUGUUUCUCCCACUUGCAUCUCAGUGUCAAAAGUUUAAUGUAAAAUAUUGUUCAGAUAAAUGGUGUGUACAGUUGCUUGGAUAAGUGUUUGGAAUUUGAACCUAUUUUAUUUUUUUUAAAUUGAUUAAACAGUUUAAUGUA